AAUUAUAUUAUAAGACAGAACAAGAGAGCUUUCUCUCUCUUCAUUGUUCUCUCUCACCAUUGCAUUGAUCACAAGCUUGCCUCCUCGGCAAUCUGCAGCACAAUAUCGACGAUACCCAGUUGGGGAAUUCUGUAUUUUUCUCCAUUGGGUAUCUGAUUCUAUCUUCAAAAUUUGAUUUUUUUACUCCUUCUCUUCCUCUCUUUCCAUUGUUGGAUAUAUAUAUCAUUACAGAACUGACUGUUUUUCUCUCUCUAUAAAUCUCUCUUCUCUCCUCGCUGUUCUUAUCCCGGGUUGGUGAUAAUCUUUUCAUUUUUCAAUGUGCAAUGUGUCAGCUGAAUCUGCCUCCAAAUUCACGCAUUUGCUUCUUCUGAUUCUAUUUCUAUCUUCGCUUCAUCAUCAUCGAUACCCCAAUAAUGGGUCUCUUGCAAUUUCUCGAUAAAAUCUCAGCUUCAACUUCUUCUUCAGGAUCGUCGAUUGUCCUUUCGAACACGAUCCUGGGUUUGCCUGUGUUGGAACUUGCAGCAAUAUGCGUGAACCUGACUCUUGUUCUGUUGUUUCUCUUUGUUGUAUCGGUGAGACGGAUUCUUGUGUACAAGGGUCGAGUUCGGAUUGGUAAGGACAGCACCACCGGUGAUGCCAGCCCGAUUUGCAGUGUUAUUAGUGGAGAAAUACAUGAUGUUCGAAUCGGUGCAGGGUUCAAGUUUUCUGUGUUGUGUUGUUUCUAUGUUCUGUUUGUGCAAGUCUUGGUGUUGGGGUUUGAUGGGGGUUCUUUGAUUUGGGGUGAGGCUAGUGGGAAAGAUGUGGAUUGGUAUCUUCUCUCUGUGCCAGCAGCUCAGGGUUUAGCUUGGUUUGUGUUGAGCUUCUCGGCUUUGUAUUGCAAAUUCAAGGAGGCAGAGAAGUUUCCAUUUUUGUUGAGAGUUUGGUGGUUUUUUUCAUUUGCUAUUUGCUUGUGUACUUUAUAUGUUGAUGGGAGAGGAUUUUGGGUGGAAGGUUCCAAGCACCUCUCUUCUCAUGCUGUUGCUAAUUUUGCUGUCACCCCAGCUCUUGCCUUUUUGUGUGUAGUAGCAAUUAGGGGUGUUACUGGUAUACAAGUUUGUAGGAUCUCUGAUCUUCAAGAGCCAUUACUUGUUGAAGAAGAACCGGGGUGUCUCAAGGUUACUCCUUACAGGGAUGCUGGACUUUUUAGCUUGGCUACUCUUUCUUGGCUGAACCCGCUUCUUUCCAUUGGCGCGAAGAGACCGCUUGAGCUUAAGGACAUACCCCUUAUUGCGCCAAGAGAUCGAACCAAGACCAGUUACAAGAUUUUGAAAUCUAACUGGGAGAGAUUGAAGGCUGAAAACCCUUCUAAGCAGCCUUCAUUAGCUUGGGCAAUUCUCAAGUCAUUCUGGAGGGAGGCAGCUCUGAAUGCCAUCUUUGCUGGUCUGAAUACAUUGGUGUCAUAUGUUGGUCCAUACAUGAUAAGUUACUUUGUUGAUUACUUGGGUGGCAAAGAGACUUUCCCUAAUGAGGGAUAUGUCCUUACGGGUAUAUUCUUCGUGGCAAAGCUUGUGGAGACCUUGACAACUCGCCAAUGGUAUCUAGGAGUAGACAUCAUGGGUAUGCAUGUCAGGUCAGCUCUAACUGCAAUGGUAUACAGAAAGGGUCUCAGACUCUCAAGCUUUGCCAAGCAAAGUCACACAAGUGGGGAGAUUGUCAACUACAUGGCUGUUGAUGUUCAGAGGGUAGGGGACUACUCUUGGUAUCUUCAUGACAUGUGGAUGCUUCCUCUGCAGAUUGCUCUUGCUCUUGUAAUUUUGUACAAGAAUGUUGGAAUUGCUUGUGUGGCAACAUUGAUUGCUACAAUCGUUUCCAUUGUUGUCACUAUUCCUGUGGCUAGGAUACAAGAAGAGUAUCAAGACAAAUUGAUGGCUGCUAAGGAUGAAAGAAUGAGAAAAACAUCUGAGUGUCUGAGGAAUAUGAGGAUUCUAAAGCUGCAAGCUUGGGAGGACAGAUAUCGAAUAAAAUUGGAGGAAAUGCGUGGAGUAGAGUUUAAGUGGCUUCGGAAAGCACUAUAUUCUCAAGCUUGCAUAACUUUCUUAUUCUGGAGCUCCCCUAUAUUUGUUUCAGCAGUCACUUUUGCUACUUGCAUAUUGUUGGGUGGUGAGCUGACUGCAGGUGGUGUUCUCUCUGCUCUAGCUACUUUCAGGAUCCUCCAAGAACCUCUCAGAAAUUUUCCUGACUUGGUGUCAACCAUGGCUCAGACAAAGGUUUCUCUUGAUCGCUUAUCUGGUUUCCUGCAAGAUGAAGAAUUGCAGGAAGAUGCAACUAUCGUCUUGCCAUGUGGCAUUUCUAACAUUGCCGUAGAUAUUGAGGAUGGUGUCUUCUCCUGGGACUCUUAUUCGUCUAGGCCAACUCUAUCGGGAAUACAUAUGAAAGUAGAAAAGGGGAUGAGGGUGGCUGUUUGUGGCGUAGUUGGUUCUGGGAAAUCAAGUUUUCUUUCUUGCAUCCUUGGAGAGAUUCCCAAGCUUUCUGGUGAAGUAAGAGUGUGUGGUUCAGCUGCAUAUGUCCCUCAAUCAGCAUGGAUACAGUCAGGAAAUAUAGAAGAAAAUAUCCUGUUUGGCAACCAUAUGGACAAACCAAAGUACAAGAGUGUUCUUCAUGCUUGUUCACUGAAAAAGGACCUAGAACUCUUCUCACAUGGAGACCAAACAAUUAUUGGCGAUAGAGGUAUAAACUUGAGUGGUGGCCAAAAGCAGCGGAUUCAGCUUGCACGAGCACUCUACCAAGAUGCAGAUAUUUAUCUCCUUGAUGAUCCCUUCAGUGCAGUUGAUGCCCACACUGGAUCAGAAUUAUUCAGAGAGUAUGUAUUGAAUGCACUAGCAGAUAAAACAGUUAUUUUCGUGACCCAUCAAGUUGAAUUUCUUCCUGCUGCUGAUAUGAUACUGGUUCUUAGAGAAGGCCAAAUCAUACAGGCAGGGAAGUAUGAUGAUCUUUUACAGGCAGGAACAGAUUUUAGAACUCUAGUUUCAGCUCACCAUGAAGCAAUUGAGGCUAUGGACAUUCCUACUCACUCCUCAGAAGAUUCAGAUGAAAAUGUGUCCUUGGAUGAAUCCACUAUAACCAGUAAGAAUUCCAUUUCCUCAGUAAAUGAUAUUGACUGUUUGGCAAAGGAAGUUCAAAAGGGUUCAUCAGAUAAGAAAGCAAUUAAGGAGAAGAAGAAAGCAAAACGCUCAAGAACAAAACAGCUUGUUCAGGAAGAGGAGAGGGUUAGAGGUAGAGUCAACAUGAAGGUGUACUUGUCCUACAUGGCUGCAGCGUAUAAAGGCUUGUUGAUUCCCCUCAUAAUCAUUGCACAAACAUUAUUUCAGUUCCUUCAGAUCGCUAGUAAUUGGUGGAUGGCAUGGGCAAAUCCUCAGACAGAGGGAGACCAACCCAAAGUAACUCCCAUGGUUCUUCUUCUUGUUUACAUGGGCCUUGCUUUUGGCAGCUCAUUGUUCAUAUUUGUAAGGGCUGUUCUCGUGGCUACAUUUGGCCUAGCAUCUGCACAGAAGCUAUUUUUCAACAUGCUUAGAAGUAUUUUCCGUGCACCAAUGUCUUUCUUUGACUCUACACCAGCUGGAAGGAUCUUAAAUCGUGUUUCAGUUGAUCAAAGUGUCGUGGAUCUUGACAUUCCUUUUAGACUUGGAGGUUUUGCUUCAUCUACAAUACAGCUUAUUGGCAUUGUUGCUGUAAUGACAGAAGUUACAUGGCAAGUUUUGCUCCUAGUAGUCCCAAUGGCUGUUGUUUGUUUGUGGAUGCAGAAAUACUACAUGGCUUCCUCAAGGGAACUGGUACGUAUUGUAAGCAUCCAAAAAUCUCCAAUUAUUCAACUUUUUGGUGAAUCAAUUGCUGGAGCAGCCACCAUCAGAGGUUUUGGACAAGAAAAAAGGUUCAUGAAGAGGAACCUCUAUCUUCUGGACUGUUUCGCACGACCAUUCUUCUGCAGUAUUGCAGCUAUUGAGUGGCUCUGCCUGCGCAUGGAAUUACUCUCAACCUUUGUGUUUUCUUUCUGCAUGGUAUUACUAGUGAGCUUUCCCCGUGGAAACAUUGACCCCAGUAUGGCUGGACUUGCUGUGACAUAUGGCCUGAAUUUGAAUUCACGUCUAUCACGGUGGAUACUAAGCUUUUGCAAACUUGAAAACAAAAUUAUAUCUAUUGAAAGAAUUUAUCAAUACAGCCAAGUUCCUAGUGAAGCACCUUCAGUUAUUGAAGAUUUUCGCCCUACAUCCACUUGGCCUGAAAAUGGGACAAUCCAAUUAAUUGAUCUAAAGGUCCGCUACAAGGAAAAUCUUCCUUUGGUCCUUCACGGAGUAUCCUGCACAUUUCCUGGUGGGAAGAAGAUUGGAAUAGUUGGACGAACUGGCAGCGGAAAAUCUACCUUGAUUCAAGCAUUGUUUCGAUUGGUUGAACCGACAUCUGGGAGUAUCCUCAUAGACAACAUUAAUAUUUCAGGGAUUGGCCUUCAUGACCUUCGAAGCCAUCUAAGUAUCAUACCACAAGAUCCAACCUUAUUUGAAGGCACCAUUCGAGGCAAUCUUGAUCCUCUCGAAGAGCACUCUGAUAAAGAGAUUUGGGAGGCACUAGAUAAGUCUCAGCUUGGAGAGAUCAUCCUUGAGAAAGAAGAGAAGCUUGACACUCCAGUGCUAGAAAAUGGAGAUAAUUGGAGCGUAGGGCAGCGGCAACUUGUUUCUCUUGGCCGAGCGCUGCUUAAGAAAUCAAAGAUACUUGUACUUGAUGAAGCAACCGCAUCUGUUGACACUGCCACUGAUAAUCUUAUCCAGAAGGUUAUUCGACAAGAGUUUAGAGACUGCACUGUGUGCACGAUUGCACAUCGUAUUCCUACUGUGAUUGACAGUGAUCUAGUUCUGGUCCUCAGUGAUGGUCGAGUUGCGGAAUUUGACACUCCAUUACGGCUAUUAGAGGAUAAGGCAUCCAUGUUUCUGAAGUUGGUGACGGAAUAUUCAUCCCGAUCAAGUAGCAUGCCAGAUUUUUGAAUCAGAUGAAAAUGCCAGAAAACCUUCGAAGUUAGGGGUCGAAUCCAGAAAGCGUUGAAGAACCUUAACAGAUGGCGGCAGCAAGAGAGCAAGACAUUACAUAGGUUGAAAACAGUAACGUUGCGCCAGUUGCUGGCACUAUUGCUCUGACACAUGCAGAAACAUAAGCAUCCACAAGUACUUAUCGAUCAAGCGCUCCUUGCAGUGGGAGAAAUUGAGGAAUUCAUGCAUGGUUUGCAUGCUUUGUUACGGAAAAUAAGAUGAUCUGUUACCGGGAAGUAAAACAUGAGGAGUCUGAAUUGGGUUGAAUAAUGUACAAUCAAGUAGUUUUGAGACAUUAGGCUGUUUAGGGGAAAAGUAGUGUAGAGUCAGAACUAGUUUUGUGUAUUCCACAUUUCCACGUUUUCUUUGUAGUAGUGAUUCAGAAUUAAGACCAUUUCAGGGCUGGGAUUUUGACUCCACCCGCCUACCCUACCUUUGUUAUCCCCUAAAAAAUGGUAUAUUGGAUUGGAUAACUUUUCUGUUCUGCCU